AUGGCGAGUCCAGCGUCUAUUCGAGAUGCAUCUCGUCACUUGUCGGCGCGCGUGCCCUCUUCCAAUGAUGCCCGCCGGUUGAGCAAGCGUCCUCGAAUCGCCGCGGCGGAAAACCUGCCUUGCAAAGACGGGCUCCGCAGUCUUGCUUCUGCAAGCACGAAGUCACUCAGGCUUGACCACGCUUCGAUCUCGCCAUCACUGCCGUCGCUGCUCCACAGUACCAGCAGAGAGCCUUCUCGAGCAGGAAAGCAGCUGGGAGCAAAUCCGAGCAGUGUCACGGCCCUUGCUGUACACAAGCGCCGGUUCACGCGAAGUCGAUCAGGAUGCAGCACAUGUCGCACCCGCAAGGUAAAGUGCGACGAGGCACGCCCCCACUGUCAUCGCUGUGUCGAAGACGGGCGUAAGUGCCAAGGAUACAUCCAGCAGAAGCACUCCGACUCGCAUACGUUGCAACGAGAUUGGCAGAAGGUUCCCGCAGCACGGAUCGCGCAGCCAUAUACGGAUCAGCGCGUUGAAGCCGAGAGCCAACAGCGUCUGAUAUCUUCCAACGACAGGCUUUCAACGAGUUCCUUUGAUGCCCUCGCCCCGUACCCAGCGACGUCGCCUCAAGAUCUCGAUGAUUGGAUCAACCUGUUGUGCUCGUCCAUUGGCAACGAUCUUCCACCGUCCGACACUGUGGGUAUCAGCGGAGUCAAGCCUACGAGAUUGCCGACGCUCGACCGCACCUCCGAAGCUGACCUGCAGAGACGCAUUCGUGCGCUUUGUGUUACCAAAGUGCAGCUUGAGUCGGUCUCGUUCUUCUUCAACACGACAGCACGCUGCUUUCAUUUGCUUUCCGCUGACACAAAUGUGUGGCGAAUCUUCUUCGCCCAGCUCGCUUCUGAAUCGCCAGUCAUCCUCGACCUCGUUGGCUGUCUGGGGCUCACCCAUCUCAGUUUGACACAAGACCAUCGCAGGAAAGCUUUGGCUCAUGCUCACUUCUCUCGCUGCAAGACCGAGUGGGACAGCAUCAUAGGCCCGUUGCAUUCCCCCGAUGCCAUUGAACAUGCUCUAACGCAUGUCACCACCGCUCAUCGGGUCCUCGAAGUGCUUGCCGGAACCAUCCUCAUUGCGCAUAUCGAGCAAUUCAGCCGUGGAUUUGCCACCUGCUCUCGUGCUUACACCUCGUUUGCCAUUGCAGUGAUACGCAGAUCGACCAGAUCAAGCUCAGCUGCAUGGACUACCGAGCUUGACCAAGGCCCUGGAUCAGCUUUCCGCUUCUUUGUCCGCAUCUUGCUGUGGUGGGAAACCAUGUCGCGCACCAUGGGCCCCGCAAGCGAGCAAGGCGACGUACUCGACAUCUUUCAGAGCGUAUAUCAGUGGGAGGAACCAGACGAUCCAGGUCGAGAUCCAAUAGACUGUUUGACACAAUGCGUCGUUGGAUGGCCUCUCGACCUUCUUGAAGCGGUCGAACGCAUCACUCUACUCAGCACGCACCACGAAAUCGUGUCCUUCCUGCCCCAAGCUCCCUCUUCGAUCCCGCUCGCAAUGCCAUCGGCAACGUUGUCGCAUGCCUUUGAGAGUCGCAUUCCACUGCGAUUGCAGCAACAAAUCGAAACAGUCGAGACGCAGAUCCGGCUUGCUAGACCUUUACCACUGGUGCAAGACGACAGCAUCGCUGCCGAGCUGCGCUACCUCAUCUUCGAAUGCCUUCAAUCCGCUUCGCUGGUUUACCUCUGCAGGAUGCUUCUCAAAUCGACGGAUGCCGUUUGGUUCGAGAUUGACAAGGUCACAUGCUUCCUCGAACGCAAACAGCACCACGCUGACCAGUCAGACGCUGUCGGCAGCUCGCGUACUGCUUUCAGAGGCAACGGCUCUUCAGGUGCUGACCUUCAGCUCACACAAGCGAUGGAGAUGCGAGGCAAGUGGUGGAUCCGAGCGCCAGAUGGAGCGUUGAUUUGGGCCUAUUUCCAAUGCGCUUCCGAGAUCUUUGGUGUUCUCGAACCCGCUCUUGACGUCGUACCUUACGGCAAAGGCUCAAAAGUGCAACAUCAGUUCGGCAGCGGUGAACCUUUCCCGCUGGCGUUAGGCUCACAGAUCACCCUCGGCUCAGACUUUUAUCCUGCAUAUGCACAGUCACGGUCCGAGAGACGACAGCGAUGCCGACGGUCGUUGCUCCUGUGGGAGAAAUUCGACGAGAUCCAGUGCGUCUUUCUCUGCCGCCACUUGCUCAAAGCUAUUUGGGACCGACGUGAUCUCUACGAGCAGGAAAACCACCACGUGAACGGCACAGACACGACCGACGUCGGGGCCAACUCAUCCGAGGCAAGGUACGAUCAAGCUGGAGAGCUCCAAGAGAUAUGUCGGCAAAGGCGUUGGAGGCAACCGCUCAUCUUUUAG